CUCAAGUAUCUUCUAAAGCAUCACAAGUAAAACACAGCAGUUGUUUUUCAAAAUGAAGUCCUUCAUCGCAAUCAUCGCUUUGGUCUUUGCCGCCAUCGCUCAGGCAUCUUAUGUCCCAGCUGUCCUGGAUCAUCAACUGUCCUGGCCGGUGAGCACCUCGGUUUGGCCAGCAAACGGAAUCUAUGGAAAGACUCUGCUGACACCACCAGCAGCGGUGACCAAGUAUGCUCACCCUGGAAUCUACGGAAGUGCCUGGCCAGUGUACGGAAAGACCUGGGGAUAUUCGGCUCCAGUUGUGACCAAGGUUGUUGACAAUGGACUGUGGAACUAUGGCGGACACGGUUAUGGUUUGGGAUACAACAAGUACUGGUAAUGUAAAAAUAAGA